AUGGACGCUGGAGAUGCCCGUGUUGAGCGGCUUCGCCGUGUGAAUCGCUACAAAGCUGUUCAGGCAGAGCUCGCGCGGGAGCGGGAAGAGGCGGAAUUUCAGGCGAUGCGCGAGAGAAAGAUAAGUGCCGCAGCCCGCGACGAGGCGCUUGCAAAGGAAUUGGCGGAACGACAGCGCCUGGAGUUGAAGGAUGCGAAGAUGCUACAGUUCGUUCGCGACCUUCCGGAGUUGCGGAACCUAGAAGCGCAACUGAAACACGCCCGCAUGAAGGUGGACCGGUCAGAUCAGGUUGAUGAGUGCUGCAAGCGCCGCGAAGAACGUUUACAGGAAGAGCGAGAGUACAACGCCUACUUGGCCGAAAAGGAAGCAAAGGAGAAGGCAGAAGAGGAAGAAAAAAGAAGGAAAGCAAUUCAAGCAUUUAAUGAGCACCAAGCGGCUCAACUCAAGCUGAUCGAGGAGCGAAGGGCGCAAGCUGAGCGUGAUGCUGAACAAAGCCGGCAAGAGCGCUUUGCUGUCGACGCUGUCGCUGCGCGUCUGCAGGAGAAGGAGUUCCUUGAAGCUUUGGAGCGGCGUGAGAAGCAGCGGCAACUCCAGGCGGAGCAGGAUGAGUUCUACAGGCUGCGGAAGGAAAUUAAGGAAAAUGAGCGACUACGCCAGCAGCGCGAGGACGAGGCUAUUGAGGCAUACCUGGCUGAGAAAGGUCGUCGCAGGGAGACGGAUGAAAAGCUGCUUCGUGAGAAAGAAGCCGUCAAGGCCCGAAUCCUCGAGGAGCAAAGCAAAAAGAUCAUGGAGGAGCGGUUGAAGCGUGAGGAGCUGGAAAGCCUUCUGAGCGACUAUUAUGAGGCUGAGCGCAUAUCGCGAGAGAGACAGGCUUUAGCAGAUGCUAAAGAGAGGAGUGAGAAAUUAGCUGACGCAGUAAAGCAAGAAAACUGGAACCUUAUUCAGGAUCGAAUUAAAGCGAGGGACCUGGAACGUCAGGAGGAGGCCAUGAUGCGUCAGAAGGCCGUCGAGGACCUUGCUCAGCAGGCGAAGGCGAAGCGUCUGGAGCGGGAGCGGCAGAUAGAAAUCAAGAAGCAAAAAAUAUUAGAGACGGAGCGAAGGUUGGAAAAGUUUCAGGAACUCAAGCGUGAGGAACAGCGCCUGGCUGCUGAGGUGGAGGAACGGGAGAGAAAGAGAGCCGAAGAACUUCAAGAGUAUAUUCGACGAGCCCGUGCACAACUUCUUGAGGAGUAUGUGCCAACCCUAGGUCAACAUGUUCCGGCCCGUUUGCUGACUGUGGAUGAAAAGAAGAAAUUUGGGAUUACGAAAUAG